AAAAAACUUCUCUAAAAGGUCACGUGUGCUUAUCACAGUAGCUAGGACUGUAGUGGUGGAACAUCUCACAAACUGAAUAGCCCAUGCCAAAUAAUCAAGUUUCAAAGUAAGUGCAACAUAAAAAAGAGCAAUCCAGUCCUUGAGGAUUUAUUAACGUGCAACGGAAAGAAGAUCAGAGGAAGAUCUAAUCUGACGGACUGCUUACACACAAAAUGGAGAAUCCAUUGGUUUUAUCCUCUCAGCUCAACUCGGCAUCAAGAGUGAAAACUCUCUGUAAAAUCAUGAAAUCCUUGAAUAGAGAAGGGGCAAAGCCAGACACAGGAAACAGGUCUCUUGAAAAGAGGAAUCGGCUAAGUUACUUGCAUAAGUCUGAAUUGCACCCAAAUAUGAAUUUUGACAAAUUUGAACAACUAGCAAAAGCAUCAAGUGAGACUCCUGAAACUGUAAAAAAAUGGGCUGAAUCUUUUGACCAGCUGAUUUCUCAUAAAGCUGGCUUAGAUGCAUUCAUCAAGUUUUUGAGAAGUGAGUUUAGUGAAGAGAACAUUGAGUUUUGGAUGGCAUGUGAAGAAUAUAGGAAAAGCAAAGAUGCCACGCAACUUCCACUCAAAGCAAAGACAAUUUAUGAGACGUUUAUUGAAAGAGAAUCGCCAAAAGAGGUCAACCUUGAUUUUAAUACCAAAGUCUCUGUAAAUCAAAAUAUGGUUCAUCCAACGCACAAUACGUUUGAUGCUGCACAGAACAAAAUUUAUGCCCUGAUGGAACAAGACAGUUAUCCACGCUUCUUAAAGUCUAACCUUUACUUAGACUUACUCCAUUGCAGACCUUUAGGCUGUUCAGCUCUUCGACGGAGAUCACGUUCUUUUACCUUCAAUGACUUCAAAGAUGUCCAGCCAGAUUUUGCUGUCUGGCUGUAAAAGUUGAUUUCCCUUUGACACCGAUCUUCAUGCCAAUGAAGGGGCAUCAUUGCCUCAAAUAGUUUAGAUGAGGGAAGUUAUAGAACUGACAGAAUUGUUUCCAUUUUAUUUUAUCUUGUUUACUUGUAGAUGAUCCAAAGGUUUCAGUUUGAUUUUUUGCAUGGAUUGCCAAUAACUUUUUAUUCUCAGAUACUCUUUAUAAAAUUAGGCCUUUCUGAGCUGCAAAACUUUGGAUGACCAUUAAAGAGGAACAAAGAGUUAGUUUAUAUCUCUUCACUGCCAUUUAGUGAUCAUCUGUAUUUCUCCAAUUCAUUUAUAGUAGACCUAAUACUAUGAAGGUCAAGUCCCCAAUAAACAGUACCAUGUUUAAUAAUAAUGUCUAUGGACAUGCACAGACAUAAAUACAAAUAUGUUUCUUGUGUACAAAAUCCAAAUACAAUAUGUAGCAUUAAAGCAGGGAAAUCCUGCGUCUUACAGUGUGGGAAUGAUUUUUGUAAGAACAUCAGAUAGCAUUAUUCAUCAAACAUUAGAUCUAACAGUUUGCUUUCUUUAUAUUCUAUGCAGCCAUAUAUCACAUUUUCAGACACAGUAAAGUGUGGACAUAUUCAUGCUCAACAUUAUGCUUCCCAAAGUGAAAGAGUGAACAGAUACAUUCAACAAUUUAGAAAGAAUAAACACAUCAUCAGAAGUUUGAUUUUAAAUGUGACCUAGAAAAACAUUGAAUAAAUUGAGGAACAAGAAAUACAGAUGCCUAGGAUAAACUCUUUAGAAAUUCAGUUUGGUAUAAUAGUAAAGGCCAGAACCUGAAAGACCACAAGUUCUAAUCAUGCCGAAACAUGAAACCCAGGGGUGAGAUGCUACCACUUCGGCCCGGUUCUAUAGAACCUGUAGCUGUGAAGAGC